AUGUGCGGAUUUUAUUGUUCUAAAUAUGUGUUUCAGCUGGUGCACUCGGAUCUAUCCUGUGAAGAAAAUGAAAUGUGUGUAAAUUAUGACCAUGAACAUCCUGACCGCUGGUAUAUCUGGUUCCUACUCCUGAUUUUCUUAGUGAUUUUCCUCUGUGGAGUCGUACUUUUCUGUCUCCAGUGCUGGCUGAAAAGGUGCCGAAUUGAUCCUCCCAGACGCACCAUGACUGUUUUUGCGCUUGGAGACGUGGAUCCCAUAUAUGGUACAGAAAUGGCUGCAAGUCCAACAGCUGGAAUCUGCCUUCCUACCCACAGCUCUGAACUGCACCCUUCUCCGUGCUUUGUUGCAUUAGGUCCUCCACCUCCGUAUGAGGAAAUUCUGAAAAUGAACUGAUUUUAGCCAGAACCAACAGUGUAAUGUAUUGGAGAUAUUUGCAAACACGGUCGAUUUUAGGGACAAUUCUUCAGCUUAGUGGAAAUUUCUAGAGUCCCACUAUGGAGCCUGAACGCUUGCAAGCAGACAAUAGAGUGGAUGUCAGGAAAAAACGUUGGCCCUAGUGAUGUU